AUGAGUGUGCCCACUAGGCUAGUCGGGAGGCAGGACAACCGACCUCUUGUGGUGGCAAGACUGGCACCGGGCUUGGAUAAGGUCAUGGGCGGGCACGGCUUCAGAUGCUGGCUCUUCAUCACGAGUUUAGAGCCAGAUUUACUGGCACACUUAGUACGUGCACCAUGGCUAAAACAUACGCACAACUUUGAGCCAUACUUAAAGAUAGACGUAGAGACAGGCCAAAAAUAUACGCCAAUAGACCGGUCCUAUUUACUCCCGUACCUGGUACUGUGCGGUAGCAAAAUGAGAUACGUGACGAUAAGACACGUCCUCUCGGCUCAAGCUGGCCGGUUGUCCAGUCUACACGGUGAAAAUGUAUGCAAAUCCAGAAGCAGUUGUAUGAGGCCAACACGAGACGAUAGAACGACACUCGAGCCGCAUGGCACACAUGGAGCUCUUCAACUCUUCUUUCGACAGCGGACAAGUCUACAAACACCUGGACCAACUAGAAAAGACACAACUGGGGUGAGAUACCAUAAGAAACAGCAUGAUUCACCGUCGUCCAGGCCCGAGGAGAGACGAGCUGCUGGGAUAGCAUUGGUCAUGCAAACAGCAAACCCCCGUCCAACCCCGUUGUGGGGACUAGCCUGGUUUGGCGAGAUGACAUUUCGCUGA